AUGAAUGGAUCUCGUCUUAGGACUAAACCAAACAUCACCCAGUACUUUCGUACAUUAUGCCGUAAAAGUGCUAUUUCAGCGGCCGGUGUUGGUCUAAAAAUGCUACCGUCGUAUGUUCGUGCAGUUCCUAAUGGAACAGAGUUUGGAGAUUAUCUGGCGUUGGAUCUUGGAGGAACAAACUUCCGUGUUCUUAUGAUUCGACUUAGAGGUCGCGAAGCCGAAAUGAUUGGGAAAGUCUACGAAAUUCCCGUGUCAGUCAUGCGAGGAACUGGCGAUAUGGUAAGCAGCUGA